AUGCUUGCCAAAGGGAGGAAGGUAGCUGGAAGGGGUGAAGAAAUGUCUGCACAUUAUGCGUUUGGACCACAGGAUGAUGAUGCAAUUAUUAAACACAGGCUUCUGACUAGGACGACGACCACCAGGGGUGAACCGCCACUAAAGAAGCUUCAGAAGAAGUUCAUGUCCUUUGCCACUGAGAUCGAGAAGGACACAGAUAAUGUAAGUGACUGCGAAAGACUGUACAAGGCCUUUCUACAGGAAAUUAACACCUUUGAGCUACCUCUUUUGAAAAGCAAGGCUGUGGUUGAUGCAAACAUUAGGGAGAAGGAAAGCUUUAAUGAGCUGCAGGUUGAGAUUGAGCGACAGAUCUUGCAAGCUAAGACUGAUAUUGAGGACCUUAAGAAGCAACUUGAGCAGAGCAAGAUCGAGAGACAGCACAAAGAAGAGUGUGAAGCCAUCCGGAAGCUGAUUUCUUUGCAGCCUCCACGGACUUUGGAACUGAGGAAGAAGCAGUUUGCCCUUCUUUUACAUGUGGUUGAGGAAUUGCAGAUCUCAGUUGAAGAUGAGCAAAAGAGUAUAGCAGAUGAGCUGAGAGCCAUUGCCGGAGAGCAGAAGAUGAGCAUAGAAGAAGGGAGCGUCGGUGCUUCAGAUUCCAUGGUUGUUGACUGA